CCGCGCUCAAAGGCACAUAAUGUUAUACACAUAGAGUUUCAUAUUUAGAGAAGUCAAUCUUCCUAUCUACUCGCGGCGGACUCCCCGCUCCAAAUUCAAGCAAGUUUCAGACCUGCGUUCAUGGCCACAUAACGCUGCUGUUCAUUGACUAUUACUGAACUCAUUCUGCCAUAGUUUUUACCUUGUCAGCCCGCCCAGCCAUCGAAAGAGGCAACGCAAGAAUGGGGCAACCGAGGGCUCGGCCAAAGCGGACAGCAGGAGACAGUCCUGGUGCAGAGGACGGACCCCCACCGUCAUACGGCUACUGGCAGGCCCCUCCCGACGGCCUGUUUGACGUUAUUGUGCCGCAGCUGACAGCCAAGCAGUUCGUCGUCGUACAGCUAGUUUGCAAAGACUGGAGCCGCUCUGCUCGUUACUGUCUCAAGGAAGCAGCACCAAAGCGCCCAGAUGUUGACCUUUGCAAGCUAGCGACGCUUUACCCCAACCUAACUCAGCUCAACCUGUCGCACGUCGAGGGUCUGUCGACGCGCAUGCUGACGCCUUUGAGUCAGCUUACAGCCUUGCGCGAGCUCUGCCUGUCCAAUGUUACUCUUCAGCGGCCAAAUAGCACAACCGAUGCCGGUGUCGCUAACGCCCCAGCACAGUGCGCUGAACGCGCUGCAGGCCGAAAUGCUGGCACUUCCCCAGCAGCAGCAGGCCCAAGCAACCGAGCUGCGCACCUUCGAGGCGCGCGCCCCACUACUCGGCCAAGCACCCGAGCGCGAACAAGGGCCGCUAUCGCUGGCAGCGUGGGAGGCAGUGAGGCCCACACGCCGACAUCUCCCGAUGCCCACAUCGGCAAGUCCCCGUCCGGAACUGCCAGAGGCGCCCAGGGCCCUUCCAAGCAUGGCACGUCCGCGGCUACCACCGCAGCUGCAGCACCUGCAACUGAGGCGGCUGAUCUCUCGCCUCGUCAUAAGUUACAGAAGCUGCAGCAGCCAUGUGACGAGCCCGAGUCCAAGUAUACAGGCAGGGUGGCGGAUACGACUGCCGGCGCGCAGGCUGCGGCUGUUGCUGAUGGGGAGGAGGCGCGGGGGUCCGGACCAGCUGUCGAGUCUGCGGGCGAGACUGUGUCGCCUACGCAGCCACCGCUUUCCCCUGCAAGCCGUGUCCUGGGAGGCCUGGGCGAUGUGCUCAUGCGGCUGCACAAGUUGCAGGCCGACCUGUGUCCCGCGCUGUCCGCCGAGGUGCUGUGCGCGCUGCCCCGCCUGACGGACCUCACGCUGGACACGCUGGUGGCGCCCGGGGCGCUGCAGCCGCUGGGGAGACUGCGCAGCCUGGCGGUCAAGAAGCUGGCGAAUGCGGAGGCUCUAGACCGGCUGUCCAGCCUGACAGCGCUGCUGGUCAACAGCGACAGCAGCUGCGCAUCCGAGUUCCUGCCCGUGUGCACGCGACUGCGGGGACUGCAGUCGCUGACAUUCAAGACCAGCAGCACCAAGGUGCUCCAGAACCCGGAGCCGCUGUGCUGGCAGGGGUUCAGCAGCCUGACCUCCCUGGACCUGCGUGCUCCCGCCGAGUGCCUCAAGCCGGGUCUGCCCGCGCUGGCGGAGCUCACCUGCCUGCGGGCGCUGGCGCUGGACAUGUACUGCGCGGGCGAGGAGGAGCUGAUGGUGACGGUGGUGGCGCCGGCCAACCUGGACAGCCUCUUCGUGUCCAGCGACAGGAGCAGGUCGGGCGGUGUCAUCGACGUGCACCCCAACCCGCGGCUGCGCUCGCUGCGUCUGCGGCUCUACUGGACGGCUCUCAACCUGGUGCUGCCCGGGGGGCUGCCCGAGCCCUCGCCGCUGCCGGAGCCCCUCUCGGAGGACAUGCGGGCGGAGGAGGACGAGGAUGAAGACGGCGAUGACGGGGGUGGUGCCGGCGGCGGAGGGCUGGGAGCGCUGAACUUCAACCUGGGGGCGGUGCUGGGGGGCCCCAGUCCCGACCCGCAUGCAGCCGGUGCGGCAGGCGGACGCGCCCGUCGUACUCCUGGAGGCGCGGCGGCUGCAGCGGCGGCGGCGGCGCCCUUGGGGCCCAACACGCGGAGUGGACGGAGGGGGCGGAGGUCCUCGGAGGGGAACCCGGCGGGACUGGAUGUGGGUCCGGGCUCGGCGGGUCGGGGGGCUGCUGGUGCCGGUGCUGAGGACGAGGAGCGGCCGGGCGCCUGGAGUCUGGCUAUGGCAGCCAUGGCGGCGGCAACGGGAGGUACGUGGCGGCGCUGGCUGCGGCGCCGUCGGGCCAGCAGCGACGGAGGAGGUGGCGGUGGCGGUCCCUCGGGUGGCGCUGCGGGUGCGGAUGCGAACACGCCUGCCAACAUGGCUCUUGACGGCGGUGAGGCGGCCCGCAACGGAGGCGACAGCGACACAGUGGAGCAGGGAAACCCAAACGCAGCCGCCGCCGCCGUUGCUGCUGCUGCUGCGGGUGGGCAGCCGCAUAGCAGUGAACGUCGCCGUCGCCGCAUCUCCAACCCGCGCUCUGGCGGCCGAGGCGGCGCUACUGUCGCCACCGCUGCUGUUGCUGCAGCGACGCCUCUGUCCGGCAGCCGGCGGGCCAGCGGCGCCUCACGUCGCGGCAGCGGUGCAGCAGCCCUCGCGGCGGCCACCCCCGCCACCAGCGGCGCCGCGGGCUCCCUGCACACCCCCCUUGGCACCGCUGCUGCUGCCGGCAAUGGCGGUGUGCCGCUGCCCGAGCUGCUGCUGGAGGAGCUGUGUCUGGACGCGUGCUACUUCCUGCUGUACGGCAGCCUGGUUCCGCUGCUGCGGCAGUACCCCCGCCUGACGUCACUCAAGCUGGACAACUGCCUGGCACUGGAGAACGGCGAGCUGGUCCAGCUGUGCGAGCUGUCGGGGCUGCGGCAGCUCUCGCUGUCCGGGCUGCACCUGGUGAGCGACAGCGGGCUGCGGGCGCUGGGGCGGCUGCGCGGCCUCACGCAGCUGCGGCUGAAGGGGCUGCGCAAGCUGGCGGUGCAUGCGGCGCAGGCGUACAUGAGGCAGCGGCCCAUUGCAAGGAGGCACGAGGAGAUCUCGGGUGCCUUCCUUCCCUCGCUGGCCCCGCUGUCCUCGCUGCGCAGUCUGACGUUGAAGCACCUGCACAGCGCUCGCGAGGGUGCGCUGGUGUCGGGUCUGGGCGCGCUGCGGCAGCUGACGCGGCUGGAGGUGAAGGACGUUCCGCGCAUGACGGAUGCGGUGCUGGCGGGGCUGGGGCGGCACGGGGAGCUGCGGGAGGUGUGCGUGCUGCACUGCGAGGCUGUCACCCUGCGCGGCCGCAACGCGCUGUACCGCGCUCUGGGCCCCCGAGUGGCGCUGGACUUUGAUGGCUGCAGCCUGCCUGACAUCACCCGCCCCUGCGCGCUGCCCACCAGCAGCACGCAGGCGCAGCUGAUUGACGACGACCAGGCCAGCACCUCCAACCUGCACCCGCGCAGGUCCUGUCAGCACAGCAACCUGCACUAGGGGGGUGGAGUGCGGGGCUGGAGGAUUGGGGUUGAGGUAUGGGGGUUUAGUAAGAGGGUAGCGUAAGGGGCGUGUGGAGGAGGGUGCGCGUGAAUGGCACGUCAAGUCGUUAUGGUAGGGGUCAACUGGGUUGAAAUGUUUUAAGAGAACAAAGUUGGAGGGAGGGCUGUUUGCUGUGAGCUAAUGCACAAGGAUGGGAGUCAGGACGCGGGAAAGGGAAGGGUAAGGCGGAGGGGCUGUUGGGAAGGCCUGGGCGGGCUUUUGCUACGGCGGCGAUUGUCGUGAGUUCGCAGCGGCAUGCUGGUGUUUGCAUCGCCGGCAAGAAGGUCUGAUGUCUUAUUUGCGUUAUUGGCCAAGUCCUGAGGUAACCAAGUGGCAAGCGCAUGGGGAGGCAGCCGCUGAAGUGGUUCGUUUGGCAGCUUUGCCUGGGGUAGACGGGAUACGGCGGCUUGUGCACUACGGUACGAUUUUAGACGCUACAAGGCGCCCUUUUACACCAUGCUUUAACAAACAUUGACGUCCUGUUGCUAACGGUGAGCCCGGUUGGCCGUUGAGGCGAAGUUGUUGUUGUUGGAGUUCGUUGGAGAUGCGGUUUGGGUGUUGGCGGGUGCGGACAUGCGAGAGGGGGCGUUGUGUUGUGAAGGAGAGGGGCGGAUGUCGGGCGACAGGAUACAAUUCGCCACGGGAUUCUAUGCGGGGGCCGCUCUGCUGGUGUUUCGGGCUUUAGGGAAGCUUUGGUCCCAAGGACAGGAGUUGGCUGAGGGCACUUAUACAUGUAGGCCAGGUGUAAUGGAGGACGGCGAAGCCCUGGAAGGAGGGUCGGACUCGGGAGGUAGUGGAGGGUGUGGGGCCGCGUUUGGAGGUGUUUUGCUGUCAUAGGUCUCAUGGGUCGUCUGUGGUGUGGGGCCAGCUGGUCAAUAACUGAAAAAGUGGAACAGAUAUGGAAGGCGGCGGGUAGCAAACACCGGCACCGCAAGUUGCUUUCCGCAUCUUAUGUUGACGGGCCGGGGCAACCUCGGACCCCGCUAGCAGCCCAAGGGGUGAAACUUGCCCUCUUUGGUGCUGCUUUGGGUCAUACUUGUUCAGAACUUGAGUACUUGAGCUCAAGAGACAGCAGCCUUUUUGGCUGC